UGAAUACCUUCUUAUCCACUCGUACAAAGUGCACCGUCUUCUUCCUACGGGACGGGGAGAGGGGGAAAAUGUCAUCGCUCCAAAUCCGAACACUCUUCCCCAAACCCUUCUUCCAGUUCUUCGCCGCCAGCCCCUCCUCCUUCCCUCUCUUCGUCCACUACCCAAACCCUGACUCUUCCUCUUUUACCCGCUCCUUCUCUCGAAGAAACCCUCGCCGCCGCGCAAAACCCUUCGUCCCGUUAAAAGCAUCAGCCACACCCGACCCGAGCCCUAACUCGAACUCCGAUCCCGACCCCAGACCUAGCCCUAACCCGACGAAGCCAAAAGGUCGGCGUUCGAAGCCCAAGACCCCGGCGGGAGGAACCGCCACCGCGGCCUCCGGCGACGCCUUCCCGUCGACGAUCCCACAGAAGCCGAGGCGCGGCCGGCGGAGCGAGGCGGCGGCGGUGGAGGACUUCGUCCGGGACCGGCUCGACCGGACCUUCGCCUCGAUCCGGGAGCAGGACGCCGGGGUCUUGGAGGGGAAAGAGGAGGUCUUAAAGCAGAGAACUAUGGAAGAGGAUGAGGAGGAGAGCUCGGAGGGCGGGGGGAAGGAGGUGGUGGAAGAGGAGGAUCCAGACUGGCCUUUGGAUGCCGAUAUCGGGUGGGGGAUCCGGGCGUCGGAAUAUUUUGAGAAGCAUCCGAUCAAGAAUGUGGUCGUCGAUGGGGUGGAAAUCGAUUGGGAGAGAGAGAUGGAUGAGGGGUGGGUGAAAGAGAUCAACUGCUUGGAGUGGGAGACCUUUGCCUUCCAUCCGAGCCCUCUCGUGGUUCUAGUCUUCGAGCGCUACCGAAGGGCAGCUGAUAACUGGAAGCUCUUGAAGGAGCUGGAGAAGGCGGCCAAGGUAUACUGGAAUGCUAAAGAUCGACUGCCUCCUAGAACGGUCAAGAUUGAUAUUAAUAUCGAGACAGACUUAGCUUAUGCUCUUAAAGUCAAAGAAUGCCCACAACUAUUAUUCGUAAAGGGAAACAGGAUUUUGUACAGGGAGAAAGAACUCAGAACGGCAGAUGAAUUGGUGCAAAUGAUUGCACAUUUCUACUAUAACGCAAAGAGACCAUCAUGGAUUGAUCCUGCAGAAGUUGCUCCUCCAUUUUGAUUUGUUCGUGAUUCAGGGCUGUACAGCUAUCAUGAGACCUCCAUUAAUAGAAGGGAACCAGCUUUCGAUGCACUCAAACUUAUCAUGCAGGAGAAACAUGUCGAGAAUCUGUCAUCAACUGAUCCUACAUCCAUGUGUCGAAAUAAAGAUUUCAUGCCAUAAGGUGGUCAAGAAACUUGUCAUACAGGAGGUAUGCAUAUUAAGAGGCAGUCAACCGUAUGGACUUAGAUUGCAUGACAAUCACAGAUGCGGUCUCAUCAGCCAGUCCAUCGAUAAGAUUAAGGGCUGAACAAUUAUUUGACUGUAUCACAAAUAACUGAAUUUGGCAUGCUUUCAGAUGGAAAGCAACGUUCAUGCAUUGCAAGCUACUGUGUGCAUUUUCAAGAUGUUUUUUUUUUUAAAAAAAAAUCUCUUAAAACAAUUAUGCUUGUUCGCUCAGAUUGUACAGUGAGGAGUUUGGUGAAAUAAUACACAGGCUUCUGAAUAUCAAACAUUGCAA